UAGUCCUCAGUUUCGGCAUCGCCGUAGCCAACUUCUUCCACAGAGUAUCGCGUGUAACUUCAGUACACUUUUGGCGUUUCCAACGAGACGGUGUAGUUUUGUGAUUUCUCAUCUUCGUGUUUAUAUUUUGCAUUUUUUUUUCUUCUUCAAAAGCUUAAAGAUCGCGGUUUUUCACCUACAUUCGCGCGUAUUUUUUUGUGAGAAAAUCGUCGUAAUUUUUUUUCUUCAAAUUGACGAAUCGUUUAAAAAAAAGUUACUGGAUGUGAUCGUCGCGAAGUUAACGUAAUUUUUUUUCGAUCUUAUAAUUUUUUUUAAAUUCGAAUACGCGGUGUUUUGCGAGUAUUUUUUUUUUCAAAGGCCUUUAAUGGGUCGAGUUUAUUUUACUGUGGUGCUGGUGAUUUGCUGAUUAUUUUUUUUUGUUAUUGAAAAAGUUCGAUUAACUGUGCCAAGUGCCAUAGGAGGAUUUCACCAAUUUUCGAGGAUUUUUCCAAUGAGCAUUUUUUUUCUCUCUUUCGGAUUCGAGACGAGGCAUUUUAAUUAAUUAAUCAACGUGGCCGGGCAUCCGGGUAAUCGGUUUUACCGUGCUUGUAGCUUGAGUGGUUCAGACGGAGAGACGGAUAGUUCACCGACCAGACCGGUACGCGGAGGCCGUCCCAGACGCAGCAACAUCCAACAACACACCUACCAUUUACCAGCCGGACUCAGCGAUUCUUCACCGAACUCCGAUAAUGUGUCAAAUGCAACCCUAACAGAUUCCGAAGUAGCGUUGGCCAGAGAUACCACGCUUUUAGCUCAUAAAAGAAGUCUAUUACAAGUGUCUGGUCCAGAUGUACCGCCCAGAAAUUCAACAAUGAAUCGACUUAACGGGCGAUUGGGCACUACGAGCUCGCACCAUCGUGCUGCAGCCCCCGAUCUAGAUGCCGAUUUCGAACCUUCCUGCUUAGUGAGGACACCGUCGGGAAGCGUUUAUAUUCCACCAGGUAGCAUAAAUAAAAGCAAUCUCGAUUACAAAACAACCUUAUCUUGUGAUAAUCCUCAAAAGACUGAUUUACAAAAGACUACAGAAAGAUGUACGAUGAAUUAUUCUUCUCCUAUGCCAGCCUUACCAAUCAGGAAUAAUUUACAUCGUCCAAGUUCAACGCAUCAUUUCCCACCGCAAAGGUUCCAUUUCCAAAAAGGAGUCACAUCAAAAUGUACAUGGAAGUGUACAGCAAUCGUAUUAAUUUUUAUAAGUAUAGUAAUGGCUGCAACAUUAAUAUAUCUUACGAUGUCCAAUCUACUGCACUGGUCGUACCAGAGCUCGAAUACGUGUACAGUUGUGGUAGACGAAGAGAACAGCGAAGCGUUGGCCAAAACCGAUGAAAAUAUACUGAAAAACGUAACCACCAAAGGAUCUCGUGUUUCGACUGCCCUCGGAGGAGGUACGAUGAAUUGGUUGAACGCUUCGUAUGAUGAUGGUGAUGGUAGUUUGCUAACUCGAAUGGUAGAUUUAGUGCAUGGUGGUCUUCCAGCACAAAUUGUAGCUAUUGCACCCGCUUUGCUUUCUAAUAACGCUAAUUUAGAUCCCGAUGGUCAGAGUUGGAGUAGCCGUAGACUUCUCCAGGUCACCGAUGAACCCGAACGUGAUAAUAAAGACAGCACUGUCGACAUUGUGCUCGAAGAUAAACUCAAGGAUAACAUCGAAAUGGAUCAUUUAGCCUAUGAUCAUAAAAACGAUGCUGUGGAAAGGAACGAGAUCGUUUACACUCCUCCUGAAUCUAAUAACAUCUUGGAUGUGCGGACUUCGGUGAGGGAGAUCAUUCGGAGAGAAGAACCUCAGGAGAAAAAUGAUCACAUCGUGUUGAAUAUCAGCAUCGCGUCUGAUGAUAAAGCUUACAAGCCUGUUUCCCUAUCUCUGCAACUUCCUACGAACUCGGAUCAUUCUCGUAUCAAUCUAGAGUCUGCUUUUACCAAAAACAUCAAUACUUUAUCAACAAACGCUGCUGGUGAGAAGUCCAAUAAAACUGGAACCCAGUCAACUGGUCAUCUUUAUGGAGGCGAAUGUCAAUGCUUUUGCCCUUGCAUGGAGCAAAAUAAAGGUGCAGACUCGAACGUCAGCAGUGCUGAAAAUGAACCUGCAGCCAAUCUAAUGGAAGAUAUCAGAUCAAACGUCAUUGAAACCACAACGAGUGGGCAAACGGAUAUGUUCAAUUGGACCACAAUGCUGGAUACGGAAAUGGAAACGACUUAUUCGUCCGAAGAGUUCACCGAUUUGGAGUUUGUUACCGAAACGAGAGACGAUUUCGAAGGAACUACAAGUACAACGACGACGGUGGCUACAACAGGGACCACGGCUGAGCAUCGUCUUGUCAUUUGUACAGGAACAAAAACGCAACCAACCAGGACGAUACCACCGGACGGAACGACAUUCUCGGAGAUCAAAUUCGGCCAAAAAAUAACCAACGAAGUGGCUCCGUAUAGUUACUGGAACAUGCAGUUCUACCAAUCGGAACCUGCGUACGUUAAAUUUGAUUACAGUUUUCCAAAAGGUGCUAGCGUGGCUGUGUACGGGCGUAAGAACGCGUUACCAACUCAUACGCAAUACCAUAUGGUAGAAUUAUUGAACGGAGUCAGGAACAGAGGAACGAGAACGUCACAUCCGCAAACCAGUGUCGAAAAAGAAGUAACUCAUUUCUUGGAACCGGGUCAGUGGUUCUUAUCACUGUACAAUGAUAACGGUGACCCUGCUACCAUCUCUGUAAUGGCUGCUGUUUCUGAAGAUAUGACUCAGAGUUGUCCCAACGGUUGCAGUAGUCGAGGUCACUGUGUACUUGGCAGAUGCAAGUGUAAUACUGGUUUUGGAGGUGACGACUGCAGUCAGAAUGUUUGUCCAGUGCUGUGCAAUCAACGUGGAGACUAUAUCAAUGGCGAAUGCCAAUGCAACCCAGGUUGGAAAGGUAAAGAUUGCAGUCUACGAUACGACGAAUGUGAAAUUCCUGAUUGCAACGGACACGGACAAUGCUCCAAUGGCCAAUGCGUUUGUAUACGAGGAUUCAAGGGCAAAUUCUGCGAAGAAGUUGACUGUCCGCAUCCAACUUGCAAUGGUCACGGAUUCUGUAUGGAAGGCACAUGUGUCUGCAAAAAGGGAUGGAAAGGAGUCGACUGCAGUCAAACUGACAAAGAUGCUCUUCAAUGUCUUCCUGAUUGCUCUGGUCAUGGCAAGUUUGACCUGGAAACUCAAACCUGCAACUGUGAUCCACUUUGGUCCGGCGAUGACUGCUCUAGAGAACUGUGCGAUCUGGACUGUGGUCCUCAUGGGCAUUGCGUUGGUGAAACGUGUACUUGUAACUUGGGAUGGAGUGGCGAAUACUGCAAUGUGAAGCUGUGUGAUCCAAGGUGCAACGAACACGGUCAAUGUAAAAAUGGAACUUGCCUCUGUGUAACCGGCUGGAACGGCAAACAUUGCACUCUAGAAGGAUGUCCAAACUCAUGCUCGAGUCACGGCCAAUGCAGAGUGAACAUCGACAACGCCUGGGAAUGCCAAUGUACCGAAGGAUGGUACGGUAGAGAUUGCAAUACCCAAUUGGAAUUGAACUGUAACGACGGACGGGAUAACGAUAAAGAUGGUUUGACCGACUGCGAAGAUCCGGAAUGUUGUAAAAACGAAGCGUGCAGAAAUAGCCAAUUAUGCGUUUCCGCUCCGUUGCCCAAAAACAUACUCAAUAAAAAACAACCGCCCAUCGUUACAGCCUCGUUUUUCGAGCGCUCCAAGUUCCUAAUCGAGGAAGGAAGCUUGCAAAAUUACGCCAGACAAGAUAAUUUCAACGAAAGCAAUUAUUGGAGACAUCUAAAUACAAGCCGAUCAGCAGUGGUUCGAGGAAGAGUUGUGACCAGUAUGGGUAUGGGAUUGAUGGGUGUCAGAGUCAGCACGAGCACACCUCUGGAAGGAUUCACAUUGACCAGAGAAGACGGCGAAUUCGAUUUAUUAGUCAAUGGAGGCGGUGCUGUUGUACUGCAGUUUGGUCGAAGCCCCUUUAAACCGCAAAGUUUUGUUACUUAUGUGCCAUGGAAUGAAAUUGUGAUCAUCAACACGGUAGUUAUGUCAUUGGGUGAUGAAAAGGCGGUUAUUGUUGCUCCCCAGACGUGCAAAUCGCAUAAUUACGAUGUAAUGAAACCGAUUGUAUUGGCUACGUGGAAACACAGCUUCCAAGGAGGGUGUCCGGAUAAAAGUGCCAUAUUAGCCGAAUCUCAGGUGGUACAAGAAAGUGUUCAGAUUCCGGGUACUGGAUUAAACUUGAUUUAUCAUAGUUCAAAAUCACCCGGAUAUUUGUCAACUAUUCAACUUCAGUUGACCCCUGAUGUUAUUCCACAAACUCUGAAAUUGAUUCAUUUGAUUAUCGCCAUCGAAGGUAUACUGUUUGAGAAGACUUUCGAAGCUGAUCCCAAUAUUCGAUACACUUACGCUUGGAAUCGACUUAAUGUGUACAAACAACGAGUUUACGGUGUGACUACAGCCAUCGUAAAAGUAGGCUACGAAUACACCGAUUGCAAAGACAUCUUGUGGGACACGCAGACAACGAAGCUAAGCGGAAACGACAUGAGCAUCUCAGAAGUCGGUGGCUGGAAUCUGGAUAUCCAUCACAGAUACAAUUUCCACGAAGGUAUUUUGCAAAAAGGAGACGGAUCUAAUAUCUACUUGAAGCAUAAACCGCGAGUUAUCCGAUCUAGUCUUGGAGAUGGACACCAGAGACCUCUGGAAUGUUCAGAUUGCGAUGGAAGUUCUGGCGAAAAGACUCGACUACUGGCUCCUGUGGCUUUGGCUGCUGCUGCUGAUGGAUCUCUUUUUAUCGGCGAUUUUAAUCUGAUUCGAAGACGUAUGGUAGAUGGCGUUGUUAGAACUGUAGUUAGAUUGAAUGUUACCAAAGUAGCCUAUAGAUAUCACGUAGCUCUGAGUCCGUUAGAUGGUACUUUGUUCAUAUCUGACCCCGAGAGUCAUCAGAUUUUGAAAGUUCGCGACGUCAAUGAUUUCUCUGACCCGGAUCGUAAUUGGGAACCUUUUGUCGGAUCCGGAGAAAGGUGCUUGCCCGGAGAUGAGGCUCAUUGCGGUGAUGGUACUCUCGCCAGAGAUGCCAAAUUGGCUUACCCUAAAGGUGUUGCCAUUUCCGCUGAAAAUAUAUUAUACUUUGCUGACGGUACAAAUAUUCGAAUGGUGGACCGAGAUGGUAUCGUUACCACGAUAAUUGGCAACCAUAUGCAUAAAUCGCACUGGAAACCGAUGCCUUGUGAAGGAACCCUGAGUCUAGAAGAGGUUCAUCUGAGAUGGCCAACUGAUCUAGCUAUUAAUCCAUUGGAUAAUAGCUUGCAUAUUAUCGACGAUCAUAUGAUUCUAAGGCUUACAGCUGAUGGUAGAGUGAAAGUUGUCGCUGGUCGACCUCUCCAUUGCCCUCCUACUGCACAUUUCGAUACAGAUUUAGAAUUCGCCACCCAAGCUACUCUAGUCAUGCCCCAAAGUAUCACAUUUGCUACAAAUGGCGACCUAUAUGUGGGAGAAUCCGAUUCUCAAAGAAUCAAUAGAGUCAGGAUUGUUGGAACCGAUGGCAGAAUAAUUCAUUACGCUGGUUCCGAAUCCAAAUGCAACUGCCUCGAUAAGAAAUGCGACUGUUACGAAGAAAGUCACCUAUUGGCAGCGAAUGCUAAAUUCAAUACCAUCUCUGCUAUCGCUAUUACCCCCGAUGGCGUUCUGUAUAUCGCUGAUCAAGCCAACUACAGAGUGCGAUCGAUCACCGCUAGCAUUCCGGAAGAAACAGACGAUCGUGAAUACGAAGUAUACGCUCCAGAAACCCAAGAACUCUACGUCUUCAAUAGAUUCGGCCAACAUAUCGCUACCAAGAACAUCCUAACUGGUGAAAUCAGCUACACAUUUGCUUACAGCGUGAACACCAGCAGUGGAAAGCUCAGCACGAUCACAGAUACUGCUGGAAACAAGGUCUUCUUGCUGAGAGAUUAUUCUAGUCAGGUCAACUCUAUUGAAAAUACCAAAGGUCAGAAAUGUCGAUUGAGAAUGUCACGAAUGAGAAUGCUGAGUGAGAUCACAACUCCUGAUAAUUACAAUAUCACCUUCGAUUACCACGGAGAUACUGGAUUACUAAGGAGUAAAUUGGAUUCGGCUGGAAGAAGCUAUGUUUACCAUUACGAUGAUUUUGGUCGACUUACCGGAGCUGUUACCCCGACUGGUAAAGCUAUCAAUCUCGCUUUUGAUCUCAGUAUCAAAGGAGCUACUGUCAAGGCCACCUAUGACGAUAAGCAAUCCAUCUCUAUGACCGUACGUGGCUCUUCUGUGAUCACCAAGACAGGAGAAUCUGAAAGACGAACGUCGAUUUCGAAUGAUGGCAGUUUGCUAACAGUGUUGCCCUGGGGAAGCACAAUCAGCACGGAAAUGGUCCCAUAUCCGAUUUUAGCCGAUAUGGAUACCAUCUUAGCUGAGAGCUAUCCAGUACCAGCCAAACAAAAGACCGAAAUUGGAUCCGACCUAACGAACCGAUUCGAAUGGAAAUAUUUCCUUAGAAAAGUACCUAUUGGUUCCAAACAGAAAGCUCCUGCUACAGGUAAACCAAUCCAAGUAGGCAGAAAGUUGAGAAUCAAUGGCCAAAAUCUUCUGACACUUGAAUACGAUCGUGAAUCGAAAACCAUGGCUGUGUUCUUAGACGAUCAUGUUGAAUUACUCAAUGUCACUUAUGAUCGUACCGCUAGACCGGUGAAAUGGAUACCAAAGAAUAGUGCUUUCGCUGGAGUUCAACUUGAGUACGAUAGAUUCAGCAGACUCAGCGUCUGGCGUUGGGGAGCACUGACCGAAAAAUACGGAUACGAUAGGGCUGGUCGAUUAUCAGAGAUUCGUUAUGCAGAUGAUACUUCCACAGUUUACGCUUUCAAGGAUAUGUUCAGCAGUCUUCCAUUAAAAGUGACCACUCCUCGAGGAAGCGAUUACCUACUGGAAUACGACGACGCCGGAGCAUUGAAAUCCCUAACCACCCCUCGAGGCCAUAUCCACACCUUCAGUCUACAAACCUCACUCGGCUUCUACAAGUACCAAUAUUACUCUCCAGUCAGCCGUCAUCCGUUCGAAUUACACUAUAACGAAGAAGGCAAAAUCAUGGCCAAGCUGUACCCUCACCAUUCUGGAAAAGUUACCUACGUUUAUGACCAGUCUGGUCGCAUUGAUACCGUCUUGACUGGAUUAUCUUCCAUCCACUAUACGUAUCAAGAAAGCACGAAUUUGAUCAAGAAUAUCGAUACGAUCGAGCCAGGAUUCGAACUUAAGAACGAGUUCAAGUAUCAUGGAGGGUUGUUGAAGGAUGAAAAUCUUCGGUUUGGUACCAAGAGCAAUUUACACAAUGUGCAGAUUAAAUAUCAAUACGAUGGCAAUGCUAGAGUAUCGCUGAUUGAGGUAGCAGUCGAUAAUAAAGAUCUUCCAACGAUGCACGUGAAAUAUAAUCCGAAUUUGGGCAGUUUGGAGAGCAUCAAUGAUUUACGAAUUUACAGAAACGCUUUCAACAGAUCUGUUGUCCAAGAUAACGCCAAACAAUACUUUAUGGUUACCGAAUGUGAUUCUCACGCUAGGAUUAAGACGGUCACUGUGAAUAUUAAAUCUUUCGAUGUGUACAAGAUGGAGCUAGAAUACGACGCGAGAAGUAGAAUAUCUAAUCAAAAGAUCAGCUACGGACGAAACACGAUCGUCGAUAGGAUGGCUUACAGCGCCGAUGGCCAUUUACUCGAAGUAGUUGGUAAAAGUAACUGGAAAUAUUUAUACGAUGAAAAUGGCAACGCUGUAGGCAUCGUCGACCAAAGCCAGAAAUUAACUCUAGGAUACGAUAGCGGCGACAGAAUCGUUCAAGUUGGAGACAUCGAAUUGAAAGGAUACGACGUCCGAGGCUUCGUCGUCCGCAACGGCCAAGCUAAGCUAAGCUACGACGAAAGUGGCCACCUAAGUCAUGCCACAGACGGUGAAACCUUCAGCACAUUUUACCGAUACGAUCACCGAGGCAGACUCAUCUCGAUCCACGACACCACCGGAAACGUCACCCAAUUCUUAUACACAGAUCCCCAUCGACCUGAACUCAUCACCAUACUCCAUAAUCCCAAACACAGACGCACCUACACCUACCUGUACGACGAUAACGAUGUCCUAGUCGCCAUCGAAUCUGCCGACCAAAGAUAUUACGUCGCUCCGGAUCAGAAUGGAUCACCUAUGGUGGUAUUCGACACGAAUGGAAAUGUAGUCAAGGAAAUCAAAAGAACCCCAUUCGGUAAAAUCAUCUCGGAUUCGAAUAUCGCUUUGUAUAUUCCGGUCGGAUUCCAAAGAAGUAUACCCGAUCCGCAUACUGGACUCGUGUAUUUAAAUAAAAGAUGGUACGAUCCUAGUGUCGGACAGUGGAUGACGCCUGAUUGGGAGAAGUUGGCGAAUCAGAUGACGACUCCGACUGAUAUCUUUAUAUAUCGGUUCCACAACAACGAUCCUAUUAAUCCGUUCAAGAUGCAGAGAGUGAACUACAUGACUGAUCUCAAUAGCUGGAUGCUAGUCUACGGAUACAAUACAAGAGACAUGCUCGGCUCAGCUUACAUGCAGGAUAUGAUUCAAAAACCAACUGCUCAAAUCAACUCGCCCCAAUUAGCCCCAGAUUUUGGUCUAAUGUCCGGUCUACAAUGUAUCGUCGAUAAGAUCACCGAGCAAUUCCGAGACUUCGGAUUCGUACCUCAGCCCUUGCUCAAGAUGGAAUCACGUACCAGGAAUUUAUUACCUAGAGUCGCCUAUCGAAGAUCUGUAUUCGGCGAAGGUCUUCUUAUUUCGAGAAGUGAAAGUGGUCGAGCUCUCAUUUCAACCGUCGAAGGAGUCAAUAGCGUCGUUCAAGAUGUUAUCACGUCUGUGUUUAAUAAUUCGCAUUUCUUGGAUCUUCACUUCAGUCAUCAUGAUCAAGACUUGUUCUAUUUCGUCAAGGAUAACCCAUUGAAAAUACGAGACGAUUUAGAAGAACUGCGCAGACUCGGCAGUAUGUUCAACGUCUCGACUCACGACACAGCCGAUGGCAAAGAACUCCGUCUGCACAGCUCAGAUGCCCUGAUCUCCGUCCGAUACGGCGUCGAACCUCAACAAGAACGACACCGGUUACUCAAACAUGCCCACAAACGAGCAGUCGAAAGAGCUUGGGAAUUGGAAAAAACUCUCAUAUCAGCAGGUCUGAGCGGUGCUCGAGGUGACUGGACCGAAGAAGAGAAAGACGAGCUGCUGCUUAGAGGUCGAAUCGAAGGAUACGAUGGUAUCGAUAUCCAUAGCGUUCAAAGGUACCCUGAGUUAGCCGACGAUCCGGGCAAUAUCGCUUUCAAAAAAGACUCUACGAAAAGGAAACGUAAAAGGAGAAAUCACAGCAAGUCGUAAUAAAACUUACGAAUUUUUUCAAUUUUUUUUUCUUUUUAUAGUCAUUUAGUUACGAUGAUGAUUUGUUUUUAUUUUUCCUUUUUUUUUCUUCUUCGGUUUCUCCGAUACCGCGUUUCCCUUGUUAUGUAGAUGAAAUCAUCGAAAUAUAAAAAAAAUUGUGAUAUUAAAUGAUAACUUUAUCUAAACUAACGUGUACAUUUGUGAAUAUUAUUAAUUAUUUUAUCGAUGAACGAAAAAACAAAAAUAUUUUAAGUUACCUUCAGUUAUUAUUAUUGUAUCUUAUACAUAGUUUUGUUAUUUAUCAAAGUGUGUAAAUACGUAAUGUACGUAUCUUCAGCGUGUCUUUAUUAUCGUGUGUAUUAUUCGUGUAUAGUAUUUUCCCCUUUCGUUGAUUACUAUUGUUUUUUUUUUUUUAAUUUUUUUAUAUUAUUGUAAAUCGUUUGUUAUAAACAAAUCAGUCAUUAAUUUAUUAUACUUAGUAACGCAUUAUGAAUAAUAAUACCGUGAUUAGCGAUUAAAUCAAAAGUUGGUAAUAUACCUACCUAUGUAAACAGCAAACUAACUCGAUACAUUGAUAUUGAACAAUCUACCUACCUGUAUCUAUUUUUCUUUUUUUUUUGUGAAUGUGUAAAAUUGUACUUAACGACAGAUCUCAUUUUUAUUAUACCCAUUGAAAAUUUUCAUUCUUUUUUCUUUCAAUGUAUCGAGUUACUUUGCUGAAGAAGACAAAAAAUGUGUUAACCCUUCUGUCGAAUAAUUAAUACGUAUUUAUGAUAAGGUGUAUUUUAAGCGAUUGUAGAAACCAUGUACACAGAAAAUUUUCGUUUUUCUUUUCUAUCUACAAUACCCAUUUGUAGAGAGGGUGCUUCUUGUUCUAAUCAAUUGUUCUUGUUCAGCAAUAAUACUACGACGACGUGUACAUAACAGAAUUUCUUUUUCGGUUUGCAAUAACAAUACUCAUCUCUUUACGUUAAUUUUUAAUACGUUAUAAAUACAACAACCUUUUUCCUAUAUAUUCAUGUUAUUUAUAAAUACUCUCUUAUCAUAGAAUAUUUUAUUUGACGAUUGAAGACUCUUAGUGUAAUUUUUUUAAAUUAUGAUUUUUUUGUAGAUCAUAUGUAGUUACGUAAUAUCUUUUACUAAGUAUUGUUUUACCACUUUGCCAAAAUAAAAUAUUUGAGAAAUA